GAGCUGCGCUCUCGUGGGGCGGGCGCUGCUGCCGGGCGUCGCGGCGCUGGUGCUGGUGCGGCUGCGGGCGGAACAGGGAUGCCGUCCGCGGGGCGGCGGGCGGCACUCCGGCGUGGAGCUGAGGGCGAACGCGGCCGGCCACAUCAUAUGCUGCUCUACCUCUCCUGUGAGUAGGACGGAGAUGAUUUUUCUCCAGAAAGUAAAAAGGUUUCUCAAUAUGCAGUCUGCACUGGUUUAAUAUGUGACAAGGAGACAAGCAAUCCAUUGAGAAUGGCAGUGGAUAAGAUGCAGAUAAGCAAGAAAGAGAAAUUAAGGAUGAAAAGACAGAGCAGUUUGUGAAAAUUCAGAUUUUGCACUUCAGAAUAAUACCAUAAAGACUCAUCACUUUCAUCAGUUAUUGAUUACACCGUGGGGACAUUCUACAGAUUCCACUCAAUGCUACUUUUAAAAUGAGUUUUCUGGAGUCUCUUGGGGUGCUGAUCUUUACAUGGAAAUAACAGAGAGUUCCAAGAAAUGGAAGCUGCUGCUAGUAAAAGAAGAAAAGCUGAGUAUCAUCAGGGUUAAUAACUGCUACUUGAGAUCCAUGAAUGAUUACAGAGUUACACUUCUAUAUCGAACUUUCCAUUGCCAUUAGUAAUAUGCUGCCUGUCUGGGACAUCGGUACCCUCAUGGUGAGAAGACUAUUUCUUCUUCACACCAAAUAGAAGAGCUGCAGGAACAAUGGCUUCUAAGGUCUCGUGCUUGUACGUUUUGACAGUAGUUUGCUGGGCAAGCGCUCUCUGGUACUUAAGUAUAACCCGUCCUACUUCUUCCUACACUGGCCACAGACAGGUUAAUAGCAUAUCAAUAGCCAGAAAAAAUGUCUCCUUUGGCAACAUAAGAACUCGACCUAUAAAUCCACAUUCCUUUGACUUUCUCAUCAAUGAGCCUAAUAAAUGCGAGAAGAGUGUCCCUUUCUUGGUCAUUCUUAUCAGCACAACUCACAAAGAGUUUGAUGCAAGGCAAGCAAUUCGGGAAACAUGGGGAGACGAAAACAAUUUUAAAGGAAUUAAGAUUGCCACGCUGUUUCUUCUUGGGAAAAAUGCAGAUCCUGUAUUAAAUCAGAUGGUAGAGCAAGAAAGCCAAAUUUUUCAUGACAUUAUUGUAGAGGAUUUUAUUGACUCCUAUCAUAACCUCACUCUGAAAACAUUAAUGGGGAUGAGGUGGAUAGCAACAUAUUGUUCAAAAGCAAAGUACGUUAUGAAGACAGACAGUGAUAUUUUUGUAAAUAUGGAUAAUCUUAUUUAUAAGCUGCUCAAACCUAACACCAAGCCAAGGAGAAGGUACUUCACUGGUUACGUUAUCAAUGGAGGGCCAAUACGAGACGUUCGCAGCAAGUGGUACAUGCCCAGAGAUUUGUAUCCUGACAGCAAUUACCCACCCUUCUGUUCGGGCACUGGCUACAUUUUUUCAGCAGAUGUAGCAGAACUGAUUUACAAAACUUCUCUUCACACCAGACUCCUCCAUCUCGAAGACGUCUAUGUCGGACUCUGCCUUCGGAAGCUGGGCAUCCACCCCUUCCAGAACAGUGGCUUCAACCACUGGAAAAUGGCCUACAGCUUGUGCAGGUACCGCAGGGUGAUCACGGUGCACCAGAUUACACCAGAAGAAAUGCACAGAAUUUGGAAUGACAUGUCAAGCAAGAAGCAUCUUAGAUGCUAAGAUUUUUACAGAUGUAAAUACCUUUUUUAAAUUUUGCUUUACUCUGGUUAUUUUUUGACAAAGUGAUGUACUGAUUUACAGGUUAAACUGGGAUAUUACUGUGAGAGGAUUUUUAAUGACUGAUUUCUCAUUCUCAUUUUGACUACUGGUUUACAGACUUCAGGCUCUUUUCUUAAGGAUGCUACACCAGUCAAAAGGAUCUAUAGUCAAAGCUCAGAUUUUGUAUAUUAUCCUCCAUCACACAUAUCAGCUCCUGCAUCUGUAUGUGAAAGGACAGUAAUAAGCUAUCAUGAGCUGCUUAAUAGUUCAUGCCCCAGCCUCUGAGAUAAGACUUGGGCCCUACAAAGUGAAGAAUAUACUUUUAUCCCCUUUUGACACCCAACAAUCAUCCCUAUUUAGAGCUUUGUUAAUAAAUUGAACAGUAUGUAUUUGCAAAGAUCUACCUACCUAUAGAUAUGCCUACCUUGGCAUGUAUAUCUUACAGAACAAUGUGUGCAGUUCCCAAGCAGGAUGCUGAUGGUGCAAUAGCAGAAUUUAGACAGGUAAGAACAUCAAAGUCUCACAGGCCUUAGAACCAAACUCACACACAGAAGCAUUUUUUUUAUCCCCCAAGUAAAUCAUUUCACAAAAUACUCCAUUUCUCGCCACUGUUACAAGUAGACCCAAAAAUAUCUAAUCCAACUUUGAAAUGAAAUAUAAUCUGUAAAUUAAAUGCAAGAUGGGAAACAUAUGGAAAAUCAUCUUAAACAUCAGUGAUAAUUUUAAAGUGAAUGCAACAUUUCUCAUUAGUAUUGGUGUCUGUGAAUCUCUCCCUGUUUAGGAGUAUAUUAAUGAAUAUGAUAACAAGAUUAUUUUCUAUUUGGAAAGAAGAUCGAAUGACUUGUGUAGAAACACGUAAUUUUAUCAAGUGAUAAAAUUGUUAGUUAAUAAGCAGCACGUUCCAUCAGCGUCAGUUGGUAUACUAUUUACCUGAACAAAAAUCUAACACAGAAGAACAUUACUUAAGGGUAAACUCUGUUUUUUUGCUUCAGUGCAUAUGAAAAUGAGAUUAAACCAUAUUUUUAAUGGUUUUUAUCCAAUGCAUUUUCUGUUGAUUGGACAACAUGCAACUUCCAUAGAAAAAUAGAGAGCUUUU